AUGGAGGAGCCCGCCAUGGAAACGGAGACUCAUCAUGAGCCAGAGAGCGAAUUCCCCCAUUCGCCAUGGGUGGAGAUAGGCUCAUUUGCUUCUCCUCAGCACUCGCCCCCCAUGCACGAAUAUAGUGGGUUCGACUACGGCUCAUCGCAGCUCAUGGCUGUGGACUCGUAUGGCAUGUCAGUUCCGCCGCCCUACGCCUCCAUGCCCCUACCCAUGCCUUCGCAUUCCUGGCCUAGCAUGCUCACGACACACUCUCCGUUUGUUGCGUCUGGAUUACCUGCUUCUACCACCCCGACAUCGGUGUCACCUUCGGCUACCAUGUGUCCGGUGCGAAAGACCUCCACUGGAGGGACUACGCCGCGCAGGACACUUACCGACGAUGAUCGCCGGCAAAUGUGUAUAUAUCAUGAGGAAAACAAGACUGCAAAGCAGACUGAUAUUGGAGCGUUGUUUGGAGUCGAGAGAAGCACUGUUUCCAAAGUCCUUCGCCAGAAGGAAAAGUAUCUAAACCCUGAAGAUGGGAGUCGGUCUCCUAUCAAACGGGCUAAGGGCAGAGUCCCCGAUAUUGAGAGAGCUCUAUCCAACUGGGCAAAGAACCUCCACAGCCAAGGACAUCCCCUAAGCGAUGAGAUGAUCAAAGAGAAAGCACUUUUCUUCGCCAGUAUCUGCGGCUGCCCUGAAGGCAAGGAAAAGGUCUCCACUGCAGCCUGGCUAGAAAAAUUCAAGCAGAAGAACAAUCUCCUCGGCGCAAAAAUGCGCAGAGGAUCUACCGGAAUUCGUAGCUGUUCAAACAGCCCAAUUCAGCUCAAUACAGAGUUCGGGUCUGCUCUUCGAAGCCCUGGCAGCCACUCGCCCACAUCCUCCAUUGAUAGCUUUGGAUCCCCAUUGUCCCCAACGAGCCAAGAAAGAAACAAACACGACAUGGCUGAACUGCCCGAUCUGACAGGGGGAUACCAACACGGAUAUUCCAACAGCACAACCUCACUCGACACUUCUUCGGCGGGUAUGGUCAGCCCAACAACACCAACGAGCCAAUCCCGUCUCCCGUUCACCAACAGCGACACCAACCGACUGCACAGCCAGACCUCCCCUCCCGUCCCCAUUGAUCCAACCCUCCUAUCAGCCGAUGACACCACAGACCCGCAUCGCCAAAAGCGCGAACUCCAGCAAUCUCUUACGGUCUCCACCCUGCAAUCCCCACUGGAAAUGGACGACUCCAAGCCCGCCAUGUUCCCGGUCCGCCAGACAAACGUCAUCAAGCGCAAUCGCAGCAACCCUGAGAUCACGACCAAGUACAUGCCGCCGCGGUCAAAGUCUACCACCAUCUCGCCCGUCAGCUCUCCAGGAUCACCGACGCAGGACGAGGCCCGUCGCGCCCUUGAACUCGUCAUCAACUACUUCGACCAUCAGCCUGCUGGUCUGGCGGCACAGGAGUACAUGACCAUCGUAAAGCUAAUGGAGAGGCUUGAACUUGCCAGGAGCCAGGCUGGCUUUCUGUUGAGUGGCUUGCCGCGCAUUGAUGAACAUGAGGAUAUUCAUAUCCCGCAUGUGACGAAGAAGCGGAGCAUCCACAAUUUGGGAUGA